AUGGGAAUAGUCGGUUUCCGCCCAGCCCAGGUCAAGGCUUAUCUUUCCAUGGUUGCGGCUGAUCCGAGCGAGGUAGAACGAAUGGAGCAAUUCAUCCAACGACACUGGCUCAUUCAGGGACCGAUGCAAAUCCCCAUUCAGUUAGAUGCGUUCUCUUUUAUCUGGGGCGGCGAGGGGGAGCUGAGCCAAACAGUCAGGAGCAUGACAACGCUCUACACAGCCAUCGAGCACAAAUUAUGGUUGAAGGACAUCCCGCGCAUCCGUCAUGGUAUAUCCGCUGCCAAGCUCGAGAAUAUACGUAUUUGGAGAAAGCUAGAGACCCACGUCAAAGAAGAAUGUGAGUUCCUGGGACUCCUAGCCUUUACCGGUCUGUACAAUGAUAUGGCUGAAUUCAGCCCAUGUCAUCGGGAUCAAAUAUACGAGCGGCUGCCGUCUACCAACGUAGAUGACAGGAUUUUGGAGAGUUUAUCAUUCCUACGCGCCCUUGAUUCCGCGAGACCGCGGGAAACGGAAUAUUACUUCAUUCACUUGACCUUCCAGGAGUUGUUCGCAGCACGGUACUUCGUAAGCUGUUUGUCCGAAGGAAAGGACCUCAUCUGUAUCACCCUGGGAGGCAGCACGAAAUAUGAAGAAAUGGACAGAUUUAUCGCUCGUGAAAAGUACAAUGGACGAUUCGACGUUAUGUGGCGGUUCAUUACGGGGCUUUUAGAGCUCCAGGACCAAAAAGGGCUUGCUCGCUUCAUCAAAACGCUUGACGAACCACGUGACCUAUUAGGUCUAGCGCAUGCCCGACUGCUUAUGCACUGUCUUGCUGAGAUAACGUCGCUCAGUCUCGAAACCGACCUGCAAAGCUUUUUGGUUCGUACCGCUCAUCAAUUGAUGCGGCUUCUGCUGUUUGAGGCUCAAGCCAACCGUAUAGAGCCUAGAUCACUACUAAAGGCUAGGCGUGCAUACAGCAAGGGGCCAUCACUGGGUACCUCAUUGGAAUUUCCAGAGUGGAUUCUGCAGACAAUGCUAGAAAGGGGAAAAGACAAGCAUAGGCAGAUUGCAUUAAAGGUACUGGCCAGGCGCCCUCAGGUUUCCUCGACUAUAUUUGAGCAGGCAAGAUCUACACUCGACGGAAACGACUGUGAUGAAAUAAAAGCAGAGGCCGCUUUCAUACUCGGAAAAAAUCUACACCACUCGCCUGAGAUCAUAACCAAAGCAAUACAGAGUGAAACCACACUGAUUCGAAACAUGGUAUCAGCUGGCCUGAGAGAGGCUCCUAAGUUGAAACGGGAUAUCCUUUUCGCUGUGCUAUCCCAAUACAGAGUUGACAGAUUGGAUGGCUAUAGGGAGAUUAUCAAAAAUCAAUCGGACUCACUGCUUGAUACUAUUGAUAGCAUUGUGUCUGAACUUCACUAUUCAAGUUUCGCGCUUCAGUACUGUUGGCCACCAACACUAAAAGUACAACCGCAACUCGGCAAGGGCGCUUUGGAGUCAGUUGCUGCCCUUCUCGGCGAUGAGAAUUCCUAUGUGGCAGUAACAUCGACGCUACUUCUGGCUAGGGAUACCAAGUUACCCCCAUCCUGCAUCCAGGCUCUCAUGUCUCGGCUAGAAGGCGACAUUGACCGCUAUUGGUACUCGGCCCAUCCUCUUGAAAGGCAGGAUGUCCUUCCAAAGGAGAUACUUGACCGAAUCAAGAUUUUGGCCUGUGAUCGUGCAUAUCCCACCUUUCUCUGGCCUGUCAUACAAAAGCAUUCGGCACCUUCAGAUGAAGAUCUCCUCGCAAUGUUUAAUAGAGCAAGAAAUCGAGAUGGCAUGUCUGCUGCCAUAACACAGUCCAUGUUUCAAAGGCAGGAAGACCCACCAGAGGAAAUUCUCAAUCACUGCGUCUCCCUGUUACUAUCUGGUGAGUAUGGACACCUCGCAGUGGAUGCUCUGACCAUGAAUCCCAACUUGCCGUGUGAGAUCCUGGAUAGAUUGUGCCUUGCACUUAAAUAUCCCAGCAUGUAUAUGAGAGAGGUAUUGAAGGUAAUUUCAGCGCAGCACAUCCCACCCUCACAAUUCCUGCCAGCCAUUAAGCCCCACAUGGAAGGGCUCUUGAGUUAUGAUCUUCUUGAGACAUUGAACAAGUAUCCAGUUGUCCCUGAUGAUAUUCUCAAGAGCCUGAUUUCACAUGCUUUCCGCAAAUAUCCUGUCUCCAGCAAUGACCUCUCUGAUUUACUGAACCUUCCAGCAAGUCGUCAGCGCUCACUUUCGUCCUCUGGUAUACGUAUGACGACAGAAUUAGAGGUGGACUGUGCGUAUUCGAUUCGAAGGUGCCCCAAGUUCUAUCCCAUUCUAGAGAAGUUGGAUACAGAAUAUUGGGUGUUUUGGCUCAGAAUACUUUUCGAGUGGUCCUUUAAGGAGGGUGUGAUUUGUUACAUCCAGGACGACCAUUUAUGGUUGGAAUUACCCGAGGGUUCUUUCAAACUAAACAUCGGGCGUCCUGGCCAGCGAGAGAAGCUCGACGCGGCACUUGAUUCUAUACACAACGAAGUCGAGGGUUCGCUUGAUGAUUUCCACCUACUUGAGCUAUCUCCUGAAGAGCAUAAUGUUCUUUCUUGA